AUUAAUAUAAUAAAUACCUAAAAAAAAAUACAAUAAAAAAGGAAAAAUGUCACAGGGAAGAGAUUAUUCCGGUGGAGCGCGAAAAAAACGCGGUGGCGGUGGACGUUUUCAUGGGAAGAAUAAUUUUGUCAGUAUUGGCGAUAUGGGUAAAGAAGUACUCGAUAAAUUAGACGAAAAUAGUCAAGUGAUAAAACAAUUUCGCAAUUAUUCCAUUGAACUUGACGAUAAACACGAUCGUUUCGAGAGAAUUGUUAAAUUAAGCCGUGACAUUACAAUUGAAAGUAAAAGAAUUAUUUUCCUUCUGCAUACAAUUGAUCGUGACGAGAAACACGAGACAAUACUUAAUGAAGCUGAAAAACGUCUCGAGAAUAUUACAAAAUUCCCCUUUAAAAAUAUCGCCAAAGAAUUAGAUGGUCACGAUUCAUUUCAAUAUAUAAAAGCCUAUCGUCCAGGAAUGCAAGAAUUCAUCGAGGCAAUGACAUUUCAACAGUAUUUAAAAAAUAAAAAACUCACAAAUUGGAAUCACAUUGGCGCUGCCUUGAAUUAUAAAAUUGAAAAACAAGAGACGAAAUCUACAGAAACAAUUUCUAAUCAAGAGAAGAAUUCUUCAUUGGAAAAAAUUCAGGAAAAUUUAUCCCAUCAACAAGAGGAAUUAACAACAGCGAUAAAAGAAUCAAAUCCCGAAAUGAUAAAAUACAUUCAAACAACAUUAAUUCCACAAGAUUAUAUUCUUGGUAUUGCCGAUCUCACCGGUGAAUUAAUGCGAAAAUGUAUUAAUAAUUUAUCAACUGGAAAUAUUGCCGGUUGUUUUGAGACUUGUAAUUUUGUGAGAAAUAUGUAUCAGGGAUUUUUGGGUAUCACAACGUUUUCCGGUCGUGAAAUAAAUCGUAAACUCUUAACUUUGAAGCAGAGUUUAAAUAAAAUUGAAAAUGUUUGUUAUACAAUUAAAAUACGCGGUUCAGAAAUUCCUCGUCAUAUGCUCGCGAGUGUCGCUAUUGCCGAGACUGAGGAAAAUAUCGACGAAGACGAGGGAUUUUAUUAAAAAAAAAAAAGAAAACGAAAAGGAAGAAAAAGAAUUUUUUUGCCUAAUUUUCUAAUGAACAAUUUCAUUUUCCAUAAAAGAUAAAGAUACUAAAUAAAAAUUUUACCCAGUGAAAAAGAAUAAUACACGAAUUGUAUAAUUAUUGAAAUUCAAUUAAUAUCGUUAAGUGAUUAAAUUAAUUAAUUAA